AUGGCCCUUUAUGGUUCAUUGCAGUUGUCCCAUGCCCUGGGUAUUUGCAGAAACCAAGGGUGCUAUAAGCCAGAAAAUAGUGUCAUGAGAAGGAGGUUGCAUAUAUCAAAGGAUCCCCUCUCACUUAGUGUUUCGUUGGGGCGACAUGAUUUCAAGAAUAUUAUACUCUCAGAUUACCUUCGUAGGCCUAUUUGUUCAGUACCAUACAGAACCACCGCUUUUAGGUGUCAUUCUUUUUCUGCAGGAGGCAAGGCAAUUGAACCUGCUAUUAAAGCUGCCACUGUGGUACUAACAAAGUCAUACGGAUUAAUACAAAAAUUCCCUCUUGUAUAUAAGUUGGCUCCAGCUGUUGCUCUUCUUGUUUUCUCCCUGUGGGGUUUAGUUCCUGUUGUUCGCCAAGGAAGAAACCUAUUACUUAAUAAGAAUGAUAACGGUUGGAAAAAGAGCGGUACAUACUAUGUUAUGACUUCGUAUGUUCAACCCCUGCUGUUAUGGUUAGGAGCUCUAUUCGUAUGCAGGGCAUUAGAUCCUGUUGUUCUUCCUACUGAAGCUAGCAAAAUUGUAAAGGAUCGGCUUUUGAAUUUUGUGAGGUCAUUGUCAACAGUACUUGCAUUUGCCUACUGUUUAUCAAGUCUUAUCCAACAAACACAGAAGCUCUUCUCUGAAACAAGUGACCCAAACGAUUCAAGAAAUAUGGGAUUUCAGUUUGCUGGGAAAGCAGUGUAUUCUGCUGUGUGGGUUGCUGCGGUUUCACUUUUCAUGGAGUUGCUGGGUUUCUCUACACAAAAAUGGCUCACUGCUGGAGGUCUUGGGACAGUUUUGAUUACUCUUGCUGGCCGAGAGAUUUUGACAAACUUUCUCUCAAGUGUUAUGAUUCACGCAACCCGGCCAUUUGUUCUGAACGAGUGGAUUCAAACCAAGAUUGAAGGUUAUGAAGUUUCUGGUACUGUGGAGCAUGUUGGUUGGUGGUCACCAACAAUCAUAAGAGGUGAAGACCGCGAGGCAAUCCACAUCCCAAACCAUAAGUUCACAGUCAAUGUCGUAAGAAAUCUUACUCAGAAAACUCAUUGGCGUAUCAAAACUCAUCUAGCAAUCAGUCACUUGGAUGUCAACAAAAUAAAUAAUAUUGUAGCUGACAUGCGGAAAGUAUUGGCCAAGAAUCCUCAAGUUGAGCAGCAGAGGUUACAUAGAAGGGUAUUCUUGGAGAAUGUCGAUCCAGAAAAUCAGGCACUCAGGAUAUUAAUCUCGUGUUUUGUGAAGACGUCCCAUUUCGAAGAAUACUUAUGUGUAAAGGAAGCUAUAUUGUUGGACCUUCUUAGAGUCAUAAGCCAUCACCGAGCACGUCUAGCUACACCAAUCCGUACAAUCCGAAAGAUGUACACAGACGCCGACAUGGAAAACGCACCAUUUGGAACAUCAAUGUACGGCCCUGGAGGUGUUGCUUCUCGGCGUCCUUUGAUGCUAAUCGAACCCGCUUACAAAAUCAAUGGAGAAGACAAAUCGAAAUCUCAAAACCGUGCAUCAAAACAAACCGCAGAGGAAGAAAAAAAGGUUCCGAGUCCAAAGUCGAAAGAAACAUCUUCUCCAGACCCAAAGGUGACCGUGAAAGUUGGAGAAUCACCAGUUUCUGAUUCCAACAAGGUACCUGAUGAAACAAGAGUAAAGCCAGGAACCAAACUGGCUACCACCGCAGAGCUAGAAAACAAGGUUCCAAGUCCAAAGUCCAAAGAAACGUCUUCCCCAGACCCAAAGGCGACCGUGAAAGUUGGAGAAUCACCGGUUCCUGACACCAACAAGGUACCUGAUGAAACAGGAGUAAAGCCAGGAACCACCAAAGCGGUCUCUAAACCGGCUACCACCGCAAAGGAUACAGCAGAAACAUCAGGAGCUGAGAAACCAAAAGCCAAGAGAAGUGGUACCACAGUAAAGUCAACAAAGAACGAUACGCAGAACGAAACAGAUGGUUCGACAUCAUCCAUAUCUAGAUCAGCUUUGGAAGAGAAUAUAGUACUGGGUGUUGCACUAGAGGGCUCAAAGAGAACACUUCCAAUUGAGGAAGAGAUACAUUCUUCUUCUUCGUCCACGGAAACAGAUGGUAAAGAACUCACCGGUGCUCGUAGAUCCGGUGGAAACGGACCAUUGGUGGCUGAUAAAGAACAGAAAGAUGUACAAUCUCAACCAAGCUCAGGUGCUACGAGCGAGCAGUGA